AUGAGAAUCUCCCUAGUGGUGACUCGUAGGCUCCUCCUUCCUAUCUGUUUGGACUGUUGGGGUCUCGUAGGUCACGCCGGACGGGCCGCAGGAGGGGGGACGGGGGAACGGCCUGGGAGAGGUGUUGAGGCCGGGGGGGGAGAGAGAGAGAGAGAGGGAGAGAGGGAGGGAGAGGGUGGUAUGGCGGGAGCUUUCUGGGGGACGCGGGUGUUAGAUAUAGUGAAGAAGAACGACUCCCCGGGCCUCCUGUGGAAGCGGAUAAAGCUCACACCCACCCGCAAGGCGAACGCCAAGAAGCGCCUCCGCCGUGUCUGGCAGGUCCCCUCCCUGACAUCCCCCGGCAUCUCAUACAUUCUUGGACCUAAAACUUGUUUAUCUACGCGUGCGAUGGCCUUCUUUCGUUGAAUAUAGCGAAAUAGUCAGUGUGACGAGUAACGUGCUUUGGAUUCAUAUAUGAUGUCUUGCUUGUUUUGGUUUAUGGCGCCCUCUUCUGUAACUCACUUGUAGGGUUUCUGUGUGCGUAAAAUGCGACGUAUUCUAGGACUUCUUACUGGGUAUUUUACCUAAUCACCCGGUAUUCCAGAGUUUUACUUCAGUUUUCAAAAUUUCCUUGAUUUCAGUGAAUGGAAAAUGUAAGGUAUCCGUUUAUUAGGAGGGAAAGGUAUACAUCUGAUGAAGUGUUAUUCAAUCGAAGGACAAUCUCCGCCACUGGAGAAUUAGAUAUUCUCGGUAAGUCGUUUCUGGUCUUUUACUACAUUUUCUCACGAGACGCCUGGAGUUAGGAGGACAACAUUUUGUUCAACAUUUGAUUCAACUGAGUACAUUUGAGAUGCUGAUUUAUGAUGAGUCCAUACGAUAGUACUGAUAUGAGGAAAUUGUGUUUCAACUCUCUCUUUGAGUGGUAGCUUUCUCAUAGGAGAUCACAUUUCAGAUAUCAUACUUACCACUCUGCCUACAUUUCUAGAUUUGACAAUAUGAACUUUAAGGCGGAGGGAGAUACAAGGCUUGAUAGUGUGAGGAUACGCGAAAUGACGAGUUUGGAGAAACUGACCACUAAAAUGCUUGUGUCAUUGUGAAUGGUCCAGAUGCUUCAAUCUCAGCUCUACUCGAAAAAUAGUGAAUGCAAUCCGUUGGUGAGGAAGUGACAGGUUCACAGGUAGGGACACAGAUUCGAAAUAAGAGUGGAAAAAGAGAGAGGAUGCAUUUUCCUUGUAGCAUCAUUUCACAUGGCCUCUGGUGGGAAUGAUCAUAAGCGGGGUGUAAUUUUAGUUUCAAUUGUUUCGCAGGCCUCAGUUUUUGUAGUUCAGGUAAAAGUUAUGGUGCAAUCAUUGUUUAAAGACCUAGAAAUGCACACCGGCUGCAUUUGAGACAAUGGGGAGGAAUAAUGGUCAUUCUCGGGGUGUUGGAUUCAUGUUGAAUGUGACGGCUUUCUGGGUUCUAUUUUAGGGAAGAAGUGUGGUUAUAUAAAUUCUGCUCCUAUUCUUUUUGAAGUAUCAUACUCAUUACCUGCAGAAGUAGUAUUGCUGACGAAUUGAAAGUUUUCUUUUCUGGAUGCCAUUGCGCGAUGUUAACCAUGGAAUCAAGAUGAUUCUCUUUCCGCUGAUAUCCCAGGAAUCGUCUUGCAGGCGGCUAUUGUCGAAUCCAUGCAAUUUAAGGCGAGGAAAUGGUUGAUUAUUUCUCUGUGAAUUCUGCAGAAAACGUUUCAUUAACUUCUGGCCUGAUUUUCAUUUGUUAUAGCGCCAUGGGUGACCUGUUGUUGUCCAUUUUCAAUUGAACUAUUAGGUUAUCUUACGAAGUUUUUCCUAUGUAAUCCUUACAUUGAACGCAUUCACGUCUUGAUACCCAUAGAAAAAUAAACCUACCGGAACCAUUUUUGUCAAUUAUGAACCACAUUCAUAUGUUGGUGGGUUGUCAGUUGCUGCAUCUCUGAGAAGUCCUCUGCUUUAGGAUUAGUAAGGCUUCUUACAUGUUCGAAAAUCCAUGCUCGGUUUUGUCGAGUGGCCCAUUUGUGACGAAUUGAACAUCGUUUCUGCUAGAAGAUCGGCAGAUUUGUUGAAGCACACCCAGUUAGGUGUGGAAUCCCUGCAAACCAGUAACUUUCCAUAAUUUAUUGCGCUAUGAUUUCCAUGAUAGAAACUGUGAAUUGGCUAACAAAAAGCUCGUAUUCUGAAGAAUGAUUUCCCAGAUUUUGUCAGAGAAGAAAAAACUGCGCUAAUGUUGUCAGUCACGGUUAUUUUUUCCUUUCACAAAUCUUGUGUCUGCCGAAGUUUUAUUCCGUGAACCUUGGGCCCUUUGUGGUUAAUAGAGUUUAAUUGAAUAUUUUGAUUUUGUAGGUGUUUUCUCGACUCUGUCCUUCUCAUGAGUUGCCCGGUUUCAUCCUCUCUGUGGGUCCUGAUUCCCCAUGUGAAUUAAGUCUCUGUGUGGUCACCCUCGCCCUCAUGAAAUUUGGGACCACCUUGAUCCAAUAGACAAUAAUCUAGGCUAAAUAUCCUGCCCAGGGCAAAACAUUGACAUCUGGAGAUGGGGCCUGAAAAUGGAACAAACAAUUGAUAUCCAGAUUCUUUGUAGGUGGUAAAGGCGGCCUUUUAACCUACCAUCUUCCUCCAAUUGGCUAGGAGCUCGACUUUAGGAGGUCUGAGUCAGGCUGACUGGUCGUCAUUCAACUUCAAGAUUUCCGAAGGGCUGAAUGACACCAAUCGAAUGUCUUCUCUAACUAGGAUGUGUUCUUCUCUAAAUAAUUUCCACCUGUUCGAGUGGCAUAUGGGUGUUUGGAUUUGCUCUUCCCCAUUGUUUCUGAUCUGUCGGUGCAACAAUCUAGUGUUUAUAGGUGAGGCCUUGCUUUCCCAUGAUGGUGGUCGUUCUAAUCAUGUACAGCAAAGUUGUUUAAGGCUAAUAUCGAGAUAAGUUCGUCUGCUGGUUAGAACAGUUGUUCCCGUCUUAUUCACUUAAUUAUUCGGGUGUCUUCUGCUUAAUGGUAUUAACUAGGAACGCCUAUUUACUCUUUUCUCUGUGUUUCGUUCAUGCUGUCACCAAAAUGACGAAACUUCUUGAUAUUCCGCAGAAUGAGGCUGUUUUGAGGGCUUGCGCUGAACCACCUCGUGCGAAAGGAUCUUCAGAUAACACCUCCCGAAAUGGGGACUAA